AUGCACUAUGGUGAUAUUUCGAUCCGCCGUGCCGUCCCAUUGGCUAUGGGGCUAUUGUCAGUUUCAGCACCCAAGACAAUCAUUCUAGAGACGCUUUCCAAAUAUUCUCACGACCAUGACACGGCCGUGGCCAUGAGCGCCAUCUUUGGCCUCGGUCUGAUUGGAGCGGGAACAAAUAAUUCUCGUCUGGCCAUUAUGCUCAGGUCACUGGCCUCGUAUUAUUCUCGGGAUGGCCAUCUGUUAUUUGGGGUGCGUUUCGCACAAGGGCUUUUGCAUUCCGGAAAAGGAAUCCUUCAUGCUUCGCCGCUUCACGCUCACAAAUCGCUCAUUUGUAAGCCGUCGUUGAUGGCUCUGAUUUCGAUUUGCUCCAUCUUUCUCUCCCUUGGACCGGAAUUUCUGAUUGAUAAAAAUCCGGGUCUUUUUUUCCUGCUUGUGCCAGCUCUUUACCCUCGAUUCUUGAUGACUCUUGACGCAAAAACAUUGGAACCGCUGAAUGUUUCCGUCCGCGUCGGUCAAGCAGUUGAUGUUGUAGGACAGGCCGGACGUCCAAAGACCAUCACCGGUUUUCAGACGCAUGCUACCCCUGUGAUCUUAUCUUAUUCUGAGAGGGCAGAGCKUGCUAAUGAGGCAUACUCUGCUCUCAGCCCUGUACUUGAGGGCGUGGUUCUCCUUGAGCCUGUAUCCAAAUAA